GCAGUGAAAAUGACAGUAGUGGCAGCAGUAGCAGCAGCAGCAGAGAAAUCAACAUCGUCGUAAACUUAUUUGGCAAAAAAAAAAAAAAAUAGACGCCAGACGAGAGCCAAGGUUUCUGCUCCCUUGGCCCAUUGAUUGGAUAAUCCAACAGAGCGAAGAGAGAUAGAGAGCUGAUCAAUGAGCGCAAUAAAGCAAGGCAACAUGUUUUAGUAUUAUAUUAGCUGUGGCUGGCAACGCGGUGCGACAGGAUCAACAGCAGCAGCAGCAGGCGCAGCUGAAGCAGCUAAUGCAUCAGCAUGGCUACGUCCGGCGACGGCGACACCAUCAACACCAUUGACAUGGACAGCUCCUCCACAUCGCAGGCGAAAUUUGCAGAGCUAAGCAAUGUCUCCACCGACCAUGUGGGUAACUCAUCGCCCGAUUUGGGCAAUCGACCGUUGCGGGCGGCCAACAAAACGGACAAAGAACGAAAACUUGGUCAUCGACGUGUCGGCGAAGGCGGCGAGAUUACCUACAAGAAGAUACAGACAUCGCAAAUCAUGGGAUCCAUACAGCUGGGCAUACAGCAUACCGUUGGCAGCCUGGCAUCGAAGCCCAAACGGGAUCUACUUAUGAUGGACUUCUGGGAAAUCGAGAGCAUUACGUUUCCGCCAGAGGGUUCUAGCCUUACACCUGCCCACCAUUAUAGUGAAUUCAGAUAUAAGAUCUAUGCCCCGAUUGCAUUUCGUUACUUUCGUGAUUUGUUUGGCAUACAGCCUGAUGAUUUUAUGAUGUCCAUGUGUACUUCGCCACUGCGCGAACUAUCGAAUCCAGGUGCUUCCGGCUCAAUAUUCUAUUUAACGGACGACGAUGAGUUCAUUAUCAAAACGGUUCAACACAAGGAGGGUGAAUUUUUACAAAAACUACUGCCUGGUUACUAUAUGAAUCUGAAUCAAAAUCCGCGCACCCUAUUGCCGAAAUUCUUCGGCCUUUACUGCCUGCAAACGAGCAACGCCAAAAAUAUUCGUCUGGUGGUCAUGAAUAAUCUGCUGCCGUCUUCGGUGCGAAUGCAUCUCAAAUACGAUCUGAAGGGAUCGACGUUCAAGCGUAAAGCAUCGAAAGCGGAACGUGCCAAGAAAUCGCCCACAUACAAGGACCUGGACUUUAUGGAGCAGCAUCCAAAUGGCAUAUUCCUCGAAGCUGAAACGUAUUCAGCACUGAUUAAGACUAUUCAAAGGGAUUGCACGGUGCUGGAAUCCUUCAAGAUUAUGGACUAUUCGCUGCUAUUGGGCGUGCAUAAUCUGGAUAUCGCACUCAAGGAGAAACAGAGCGAGCAACGUAAGCCGAUGAGAGCACCGCUCGCCGAGGACUCGGAUGUCGAUGAACCCCUUGAUGCGGCAGAGGGCGAUGGCAAAGAUCGGGAUGCGGCAACGGGCAUCAGCCGGAACAAAUCGGUGAAUCGACAGCGUCUAGUGGCACAUUCAACGGCCAUGGAGAGCAUUCAGGCGGAAAGCGAACCCAUCGAUGACGAGGAGGAUGUGCCGCCCGGUGGCAUUCCGGCUCGAAGUGAGAAGGGCGAGCGACUCUUGCUUUACAUUGGCGUCAUCGACAUACUGCAAUCGUAUCGGCUCAAAAAGAAACUGGAGCACACAUUCAAGAGCAUCAUACACGAUGGCGAGACCGUUUCGGUUUGUCGGCCCUCGUUCUAUGCUCAAAGAUUUCAAAACUUUAUGGCUAAGACCGUAUUCCGCAAGAUACCAUCGCUGGAUCUCCCAGAGAUCAAAGGAAAUCACAGAAAAUUUCGUACCUUGGUAACCAGUUAUAUAGCGCUCAAGCAUUCGCCAUCGAAGAGAAAAAGCCUCUCCAAGGCCAUACAGCGCUCCAUUGACAGCGAGAGCGAGCCGACGCGACCUGUGCACACCUCGCACUCACACAGCAGCGGCAAAAUACACCAGCAAUCAAAGCCAGAGCCUGCGUCAACCGCUCUCAACUCGGAGCGUGAUAGAGAUCGAGAUAGGGAUAGAGAUCGUGAUCGUGAUCGAGAUCGGGAAAGUGGGCGUGCUGGGCUGAGCAAUGCACCGCCGCCUGUGAGGCAGCGAGCGUCCACAUCGGCCACCUCAUCCGCUGCAGCUGGCAGUAAUCUGAAGGCGCGUGUGCCACCGCCCGUGCCACCACGUGGCUCGCCACGUCGCAAGGACACCCCGGACAGUCGGGCGCACUCCACCACUCCAGGCACAACUCCAUCAUGCAGUUCAACACCUCCCCCUGCCUUUGACGACAUCUCCGAGGACAGCUCGAACAAGAAUAGCACCUCGUCGAUUGGGCGACGAUCGCAUCAUCAUCAUCAUCAUCCUCACCAGCAGCAACAGCAGCAGCAGCAGCAGACUCCGUAUUAUCAGCAACAGUAUUCGGAACGUAAAAUGAACAUUGGCCCCGCCUAUCGAGGCUCCUACAAGGAGGAUAUCGUUAGCGUCUCUGAGGUGCAUCUGGACACGUUUCUGGCUGUGGACACAUCGUCGAGCAGUCAUUAUGGGUCGCGUGGCGGCUUGGCAUGGACGCCACCGGCAUCAGGUGAGGGCUCAACACCCACUUGGACAGAGGGCACACCCAGUUUUACGGACUCCAGUUCGAGUGGUGAUCUCGACAACUUCUCGCCCAUAAACUCAUCUAAAAUCGAUCGACACAAGCCGACGGUGGAAGAUGCCAUCAACUCUCUGUCCUCGGGAAUGAUCAACUAACAUAGCAUGUGAUGAUGGGGAUGACACAGAACAACAACAACAACAACAACAACUACUUCUCGUUUACAUGGUGCAAACAGAUUUCGAAUGAAAGACAAAAAUACAGACACAUAUACAUAUAUAGACAUCAUAUUAUAAAGGGAAUGCUUGCGCGUUUGGAUAUAUAUAUAUAUAUAUAUAC